ACUCGAUUCACAAUCAAACUACUUGUCUCUGGUUUUGUUCCAAUUUUUGUUCACAUUUCUUUACAAAAUGGCUGCAAUUACGCAAGUUCAAUCCUCUGACGGCAAAUCAGCCUCUGUGGGAUUUCAUUACCGUCAAAAAGAACAAAUUCCACCAGAUUCUAUCGGCAUCGAUCAGAUUCUGGUAUCUUUCCUCUUCUCCCCAAUCAACCCCCAAGACCUCCUCGUACUUGCAGGUCGCUACCCAGUCAAACCGCUGCAUACCCUAGACAACCAGCCUGUGCUGGGUUAUGACGGCGUGGCUUGCGUCGAAGCAGUGGGUCCUCUGACCAACCCGGAGUCGACCCACAUUCGGCCCGGAGACUUAAUUGUUCCGCGUCGACAUGGGUUGGGAACCUGGAGAAGCCAAGCGAUUCUUAGCGUGACGGAUGUUGUUCCCCUGUCGCCUACUAAGGAUCUGCUUGGCGCAUCUCUUUUGCGCAUGGCGUUUCUGCCGGCUUACCUCCUUGUUGAGGAUAUGCGUGACUUGAAGCCUGGUGAUUGGAUCAUUCAGAACGCAGGUUCUGGAACCAUCGCGAGGCUUGUAGCGCAGUUUGCUCGCCUCAAGGGUGUUCGUACCUGCAGUGUCGUGCGAGAUCGGGAGGGUGGCAGUUUCGAUGCCCUCAAGGCUGAUCUGCAGAGUCAGGGUGUUGAGAUCGUAAUCACCGAGGAUGAUCUCGAUAAACUUGGCACGCAGGCUUCGGCAGAACUCGCGGAUGCUGCUGCCAAGGGUCGUAUCGUGCUUGCCAUCGACGCUGUCUUUGGCGAAUCCGGCGAGAGACUCGCAAACGCCCUGUCUCAUGGCGGAACAUAUGUCAAUUUCGGGUCUCUAGGUGGAGCGAGCGGAACUAUUGGCCUAUCUCAGCGUUUGCUAUUCUGGUCAGAGGUUACGUUUCGGAACUUCCGUCUAUCUGAACAGCUCAAGGCUCGGACUGCAGCAGAGCAGGAAUCUCUCUUGCUGUGGUUCCAAGACCUACUUGCUAGGGGACUUCUGCGUACGCCACCCGUGAAGACCAUCCAGGUUCCUCGGGAUGUUGACGGCAGGGAUGAAUUCGAGAGGCGUGUAAAGGAGGCGGCCAAUGCAGGUCCUGCUGACAAGGUGGGAAGGGUCAAGCAGGUUUUGCAGUUUGGUAGGAUCUAG